AUGCCUCUAGGAACACCUGCCCACCUAAACAAGCGGAAAAGGCUCACCAAGAUCAUAACAGACCUAUCACAUAUCACUCAGGAUGAAUAUGAGUCAGAGCCAGAGGCAUCUGAGUUCGACCUGGGAACAAAAAUCAGGACUCCCAAAGACAUCAUGCUGGAGGAGCUUUCCCUGCAGAACAACCGUGGCUCCAAGAUGUUCAAGAUGAGGCAGAAGAGAGUGGAGAGGUUCAUCUACGAGAACAAUCCUGACAUCUUCAGCAGUGAGUCUAUGGACAACCUCCAGAAGUUUGUUCCCUCUCUGGGAGGUCAAGUGGGAGGAGACAUGAUAAAUGUUGGUGGGCAUUUUGUUAGCAAACAGCUGCAUUUUGGAGGGAUACUUCCCGGAGGAGGGGCCCCUGUGCCUCCUCCAAAGCCUGGAAGCAAAGGAGCAAGAGCAGGAGGAGCAGGAGGAGCAGGAGGUGCAGGAGGUGCAGGAGAACUGGUUGGGGGUGACCAUGGGAAAGGUGGCGAAGGAGCUAGUGAGUGGUCUCCACUAAAGGGAGGUGGAAGUGAUGACGCAACUAAGAUUCAUGUGAAGACAUACAUUUCGCCAUGGGAGAAGGCCAUGAAAGGUGAUGCAAAUCUGGUAGCAACUCUGAAAACUGCAAUGCCUGGUCCCACUGAGAAAAAGGACAUCCGCAAGUACAAAAGCUUCAACAGGACUGCCAUGCCCUUUGGAGGCUUUGAGAAGGCCAACCAGUUCAUGAAAUUCCAGCUGCCAGAAGCUGAGGCAAUCAAAGAGGAGCCUGAACCUGCAGUGGUGUACCAGCAUGACAUCGGCUGCCGGCCUUCCUUCAACCGCACUCCCAUUGGCUGGGUGGGCAGCAGUGAACCCAGCAGCAUUCAUAUGGAGAUGGAUGCUGUGCCCUUCGAUGGAGAGACAGACGAGCUGUGAAAAAAUAUUCAUACUGUGAUUACACUCACUGUGCACAGACACAUACACACACGCACGCACGAAUGCAUGUAUAAUCCUUAGCAGGCACACGCACGAUAGACAAACCUACAGUUAACUGUUAAAUUGAUGAAUUUGAAUCUCUGAAUGGAUAACUGAAAGCGUACAUGAAAUGUGGUCAUGUUCUCAUUUUGCUCUGUAUUUGGUUGUAAGGCAAAGAAACAAGACAUAGAGAUUAUGGGGAGAUGAAACAUCAAACAUUUAUUUGUUAAGUUCAUUCGCUGAGCCUAAGCACUCCUUUGAUUUGUCAGAACAGUUGGAGAGAAGUUGCAGAUGUAGUCAAUGAGGAAAGAAUGUAUGAAGGACAGAUUUAUGCUAUGUUGCUGUUUUGCACGCUGUCUUGUUGUUAACUUGUUACCAUAUUUGUUAUUUCCCAGCGCCUUUUUUGUUGUUAAGAUUCUCUGAUAAUUUGUUGAGCUAUGAAAACCCUACACACCUGUCUAAUUCAGGAUACAUGCAUAGAGUCAGUUGCAGAUCCAUUAACAUACUGUACCAACACACUUUCUCCGCAAUAAACCAUU